UAACUGGGUGGCACCCUGUUGAGAAAGACAAUGAACCAGCGCAUCUGUCAUGUUUUCAUUCUGUGGAUUGAGUAGUAAUAGUUGAUUUACUAUUAUUUACUGCAUGGUGUUUUUCUAUUUUAUUAUAAGAUGAAGUUGAAAGUUAAAGACCGGGACGGUUGACUGGAUUAGAUGAGUGUGAGUGGAUGGACUUGAUGGGAGUGUUUGUAGAGAAUGCCAGGCACUCGGACCCCUGCUACUUGGACUCUUAACUGGCAUCAAGCGCACAACAUACCUUUUUAUUAUUCUGGGCUUGUUUCUGCUUCCCAACUUGGAUCUUUUUGAUUACUGGAUACGAAUAGGCUAUAAUAAGAUCUUUAGAGAUGACUACAAGUCCAAGAUAUAUUAACGGCAGUAAAGCGCGCGCUGCUCUGAGCGCUACCCGGGAUGCGCGUACAUGUGGGGCGCGUUCUGAGCGGCUCCCACCUGAAGGUGCAGGCGCCUUUGGGGACUCCAGUAUCACUCCUGGAUCAGCCGCUUUCUCCUCCUUCACUUGUCCUUCAAGAUCUAAACUGGACUCCGAUCGGUCUGGGCACAGCUCUAUUAGAUCCUUGGCUGCGAGAGGGGAGAGUCUAGUGCCACCAGAUGUGACACUUCUGUGUGAUGAAUGCGUCUCUCGUGUGGUGGCGCUCAGACAAGAAGCUCUUCAAGUGAUACGGGAUAGACACGUCUCAACCAGUGACCCAAAACUCGCUGUCCUCCUUUACGAGGGCAUGCAAGUCCCUGCCUGGAUUGGACUUGGUGGUUGCUGUGAAGUCUGCCUUGCUCAUCUGAGCCAGCUAAAGCAGGAGGCGAUCCAUAGUAUUCUAACCCAAAACCGGACCAUCUGGCCCAAUUCUCCCCCUGCCAAUGUCUCAGCUGGCCAUCCUGCCUCAGGCACUCACACUUUGCCCAAAACCCUCGGCUCCAGUUCUCCAAACCUCAAUAACCGUCGGAGGUCCAGCAAUUUGAGGACGGAAAGCUGGGUCAGAGAACAGGCACGUUUAGAGGCCCUGUGGACUGCAAAUAAUGGAGUCUCUACAUUUGAUGACACAGUAUCUCAGGAUUUAUCAGAUAUGAAGGAAGAUGACAAGUCCACAGUUCUCUGUAACUUCAGCGGCCCUCUACCAUUUAAUACCUCCAAAGUCUCUGCUAUGCUACCUGCUGGGUUCUCAUUCAUUGUCAGGGCUGUCCAGAAGUUAAACUUGACCUCAAGAAGGAGGAAGCAGGGCUCUGACAAUGGUUCCUCGCGCUAUCCAACCAACUUCAGUCGUCUGCUCCAAAAGGCCCCACCUUCCGUACCCUUAAAUCUGUUACAUACUCCCAAGGCCAAGGAACUAUUAGAUGCAGGAAAGGUGAAAGUUGUGCUGCGAGUUGGCCCAUUCCUUAUGGCAGGCUUGUCUCAGUUUCAUGCCCUUAAACUGGAUGCACAAAAGAAACAAGUCAUAGUACUGGAGCCUUCAAACCAAAAUGCACAAAGAUCAGCUGCGGCUCCGACCUUUAUUCCAAAGACGUUCAACUUUGAUGCUACUUUUGGCCCUGAGGCACCCCAGGCUAAAGUCUGUGAGAAGAGCUUAUUUGAGGUCCUGCAUACUGUCAUGGCUGGAGCAGAUGGCUGCGUCCUAAGCUUUGGACAAAGCAAAGAGGGAACAUCAUACACGAUGAUUGGGUCUGAUGAGAGCACAUCAGAUCUUGGGAUUAUUCCAUGUGCCAUUUCCUGGCUUUUCAAACUUAUCAACAAGAAAAAGGACAAGACAUGGGCCAACAUCUCAGUAUCUGUGUCAGCUGUGGAGGUCUGUGGGGAGAGCGAGAUCAUCAAGGAUUUACUGUCUGAUGUAGAGGCAGGUGAUCUCCCAUAUAAGACAGAUGUUUUCCUCCAGGAAGAUCCUGUUUGUGGAAUCCAGCUUUGCAACAAUAAGAUGGUAAGUGCUCCUACAGCCGAGAGAGCAGCUUUCCUACUAGAUGCAGCUCUGGCGUCUCGGAGCACAGGCAAAGAAGGAUGCAGAGGGACUUCCCAUCACCAGUGCCAUAUGUUCUACACUCUUCAUGUCUGCCAAAAACACAUAGAAAGCAACCCAACAUCUGGGAUGUAUGUGGACCAAAGCAAGCUGAGCCUUAUUGACUUGGGUAAUUGUACCAGUGAGAAGAGUAAGAAUAAUGCAAUGGUCUGCCUGGUUGACCUCGGAAGUGUCAUUAUGGCCAAGCUUAAUGGACAUAAACAUGAACCUAACAAGGGAAGUAAACUGUCCAUGCUGAUGCAGGAGUCUCUGGGAAACGUCAACUGCCGCACAGCAAUCAUAGCUCAUGUUUCCACAUUGUAUGAGGACUUACCAGAAACUCUUUGCACCAUCCAGAUUGUCUCUCGGAUUCGAAGAUUACAAAAAAUCAGAAAACAAGGCUGCAGUUCACCUGGAGGAAGAAGCUUGGGCAAAGAAAAGAAUGUGAAUAACUUAAACACGUUAAGAGCAUUUCACUCUGUAGGAUCAUUGGACCAACAUUUUUCUUUGCGUGGCCUCACUGAUGAUCUUGAAGAACGCUCUGGAACUGACAAGUCAUGUGACACUGUCAUUUGCAUGGAUCCUAAAGGUUUCCCCCUUUAUGAAGAGGUCAAAGAGAAUCAAGAGUUUGUGCCAAUAAUUCCGUCUUUACAAAGCGCUUCCUUUAUAAAGCAGUCAAGUCUCUUAAAGUCAACAUUUCAAAAUUCAAAUAGUCCAAAAAAGGAGAUUAAAAAAUUGUGUUCUCGACAAAAUUCCACACAGUCCAGUAGUCCUGAUGUCGAGCACCUCAAGUGCAGUACCUUUGCUGAACUGCAGAAUCGUCUGGGCAGUAUAGAUGAAAGCGAUUUGGUUGAUCUGUAUCCUAGCAAGAUGCAACCUGCAAAUAGUUUAAUCAAAUUUCAAACUCUUGCAAGAAAAGCUGUAAAAAUAGCUGCUGAACAACCAGAGAUUCAACAAUCGCCAAGUAAAAAACACAGGGAACUAGGGCAAUCUAUUCAGCGAGAUGCCCCUAUGAAGGCCAUGGUGGAAAACCCAUGUAGGCAGACUGGACAGGUCAAGAAUACUCAAAAAAGUCUCCCUUGUUCACCCAGACGUGACAAUGUUAGUGACUUGCUGCAAUGUGUACAAGCCACAGAAUCACUAAAUCUUACCAGAAAAGGGAACAUAGCUUCUUCUCUACUCCUGCCAAAAAAAGAUCUGUCAUCUAAUAGCUCCACACUUCCCUCUAAGAUUCGGAUCUCUCCUUUGGGUACAAGUUUAUCCUCUUUGUCUGCUACUCUAGGAUCCCAAGUUUCUUUUCCUAUCACCCGAUGUGAAGUUAUUCCUCAGUUUCCUUUGGAGAACCAUGCAGAGAAGGCUACCAUCACUGUAACAGUCAAUCAGCCACUGGAUCUGAAUGGCCAGGAUGAACUUAUAUAUUCUGUGGUUAAGGAGGUUGCAGUCAGAGGCACGGUUAAUGAGGGCAAAGCUUCAGACAUGACUAGUACUGGUGACCACCACUCUACUAAAAAUGUGCCAUCUGGAUCUCAGUCUGUGAAGAUAAUUGGAAGUGUCGGAGCGGAGCAAAGUGCAGUUAAUUUUGAAGCGCCAGUUAAAGACAAAAUUAGUAAGACACUAUCCGCAUAUAAAGCAAUUCCUUUGGCUCAAACUCUUGCUGUAAAACCACAGGCUGACAACACAUCUCAACUUGAUUCAAAGCCAAAAGAAUGCCAGACUAAGGUUGGCCCAGAGGAGGACCAAACUGCUUUUGGUGAUUUGUGUCAAAAUGAAGCCUCACAGAUCAAAAAGUUUGCGAGUGAGAUCACACUAGAAUGCAAUGAUAACAUCAAAAAGUGCAAUCAAGAUAACAGGUCUUCUAGAGAAGAUUUAAAAGACAGUGUUUCUUCAAUUCGUCAGAAGAUAUCACAAGACCUUCAAAUCAAACUUCCAGAAAAUCCAGGCAGUACCAGUUCAACACAUAACAACAAAACACUUACAAGAAGUUGGCACAGUGUGGACAUACAUGACCACUUAAAAGACUCCCAACAACACUCUACAGGCUGGGAAAUUAGAAAUACCAAUAGCCAAAAAGCAAUGCUAGAAAAUGCACAACAUCCUACCAAACAAGGUAGUGUGGAAUGGACUCUACAGAGUGAACCAUUGUCAAGGUCAGGCAAGGACAGUCCCAGCAAGAAAAACAGAAAAGACGUGCAACCUUUUUUGUCCCAGACAAGCUCAGAUAGUCAGCACCACAAGACAAACAAAAAAUGCCUCAUUGAGGAGAGUAGUAAGCUAUUUAGUGCAAAACUGGAGCAGCUAACAAACAGAAGCAAAUCCCUUGGUAAAUCAUACUUCCAGUGCUUGGAUGCACAAAGUGAUACUGUAUUUUCUUCAAAGAGGAUGGAGGGCAGUGGUACAUCCCCAAGGGUCAGUAGAAGACAUCGUGAUCAGGACUAUAAUAUGAAUUUUGGAUCUAAAGGAAGCUUGGACAAAGAAUAUACAUCACCUCCAGCCAAAAGUGUUACCUCACCGGCUUUGAAGGCAGUUUUUGAGGAAGAAGGUGCUGUGACUUGGAAUAGUCAUACUCUUAGAAGAGUUCCAAGGUUCUCCCCAAACCAUGAUGAAAUAAACACAGCACAGACUUCCAAGUCAUGUCAGUCUUAUAUGGCAACCGUAAACAAACUAUUGUUAAGUCCAGUGAUCCGCAAGAUGUCUCCCAACUUAUGUGUAUCACCCAAGUCGAGCAGACAUGCAAUAAACAGAAGCUCAAGCCUUUCACCUGAUGAAUUUUCCAAAAAAAUCAUCUGGUCUUCCCCAUCACUAUCCAGAAAGCAAGGGAAAUCUUCGCCAGCUUUUAAAUAUCCCAACAACAGAGUAUUGAAUGGACGGAUUGAUAUUCUUAAAGCAAGUGGAGAUUCACUGUCUAGUUCUAGUCAAGAUAGCUUGGAUAUUGAUGACCUUGAGGAGUCAAAAAGAAAAAUUAAACUGCUAAGCCAGACCUUACCUUCUCCAUACAAUAGAGUCACGGCCCCUCGUAAACCGAAACACUGCAGUGGGCACGCCAGUGAUACCACUAGCGUCCUGAGUGGAGAUCUGCCGCCUGCUAUGUGUAAGACUGCAUUGCUGUAUAAUCGCAUUAGCACCAUCAGCAGUGGUUAUGAAAGCCUAAUGAGGGACAGUGAAACCACACAUAGCAGCAUGUCAAUUCAUGAAACCACCAGUGAUCAGAGCUGCUUCAGUACUAUGAAGAGUGCUAAAGGGUCCAAAAAAAGAAAUAUAGGAUCCCUUCAAAGACGUCCAUCGCAGGACACUAUUCUGUCUUUACGCAGGUCUUCAAGUGGGUCCAAAUUACGCUGGAUAGAUCGGGGUACCUCAGAUUCAUAUGAAAUUAAAGUCUAUGAAAUUGACAAUGUGGACAGCUUGCAGAGGAGAGGAAAGGCAGGGAACAAGAGCGUGGUCUGCUUCAGUGCCAAGCUGAAAUUCCUGGAACAUCGUCAACAAAGGAUUGCAGAGGUGAGAGCCAAGUACAACGCCCUAAAAAGAGAGCUGGAACUAGCCAAACAGCAUCUGAUGGUAGAUCCAGGAAAAUGGACCCGUGAAUUCGACCUCUGGCAGACUUUUGAAGUGGACUCACUGGAGCACUUAGAAGCUCUUGAGAUGGUCACACAGCGUCUGGAGAAUCAAGUGAACCGCUGCAAGGCAAAUGUUAUGAUGGUGACCAGUUUUGAUGCUUUACCAAAACGCAGACAGACACCAAGGCGUGGAUGGCCACCUACAGACUAUAAAGGGCUAAUUGAAAUAUAG